AUGGAGACUGAUGCCUUUGCUUUGCCUCUGCUGGACUGGUUUGAUUCAGACGAUAUACUGCUGAAAUCCCCUGAGCUGGAUAGGAGCCACACGCAUCUACAGCAGACGCAGAUCCCAGUCACUGUCAGCCAUUGCCCGACCAGUCCAGUGAGCACCGAUGACGACACCACAGACGCUGAAGUGCUGACGCCGCCUCCUGCUUUUCAGCAGCAUUUGCUGUGCUCUUUGCCGAAGGAGGUGGACAUGAUGUCGUUUCUUGCAGCGAAAGUGUUGCUCUUGGGCUCGUCCAUGUCGACGCACUCGCCGCUUUCCAGCGGACAGAAGCUGCUGUCGCCUCGGACGCACAAGGUUAUUGACAAAAGUAGCAGCAAUAAUAACAACAGCUCACCAAUGCCAGUAUCGAAGCCGUUCUCUGAUGCUCUUUCCUAUGCCUUGCCUGUGGCAUACUUCGCACCGUCAUUCAACGUCAACCAGAAGCGGCCAGUCACUCCCGUCCUUCCGGGCGCGACGUCACUCAGCACGUGUAAUUCUGCAUUGUCUUCUGCUAUUACUGCUGCUGCUGCAACCAACGAUUCGUACGCGAUAAAAUCCAAACGCGAGAUUCGCCAGAUGAAGAAUCGGGAGAGUGCUAACAAGAGCCGUCUACGUCGCAAAGCACAGCUAACGAAUCUGACGGCGAGAGUCGCCGAGUUUAAAACGAAGGAGAAGGAGAUGCUGAUCAUCAUUGCAGGUCUGCGAGCUGAGAACAAGUCAUUGCUGGACCAGAACAUGUUUCUGCGCUCGUUGGUAACGAGCUGCAAGCAGGAGCAUGCAUCGUCUCACAGCGACCACCAGCUGGCUGCUUUCGUGUCACUGCCAGAUCAGAGCUGCGUGGCGCUCAACAUGCUGGAGAGUGUCCAGAAGAUGGAUGUGGAUGAUGACGCACAGGCUGCGGAUUUAGCUGUCAUGACGCCGCAACCAGACAAACGGCGUACUAUGGCGUCCACGUUAUCAAUGGCAAGUGUGGCGGUGUGUGCGUCCGUGUUUGGAAUCACUGUUUUCGUCGACUGCGAUGGCACUGCCGUCGAUGCGGGCAACUGUCGUCUUCAAUCGUCCGAAUUGGUGUUCGGUGUGUUGCUAAACGUGCUGUCCUUCGUUGUCAUCGUGGCGCUGUAUCAGCUGUGGCAGGCGCAUUCAGCGGGUUUUACGGUCCUACCAAAGUCUGGACGUCGGCAUGCACAGCAAUAG